AGAACUUAAAAGCAAGUGACCACACCAGCACCUGUUACUUUGUGAUUGCUGCCCCACCCACUCUUUGACUGGAAAGAGAGCAAGUGUGUGAAUUUGUUUGUGCCGUUUCUUUGGUUCUUUUCUCCCAAAUCCUGGGGGACGAUCAUCGUUGCAACAUGGUUUGGCUUUUGAUUCUCUGGGUUGUCCAAGUGGGCAGUGUUCCCAUAGCCAAUUUCACAAAUGCUACUACUUCAAAUGCUACUUUCCCUGCCACAGGUUCUACUGCCUCGAUGGGGCCACGUCACAGACAAAAUGAUUGGUAUAAAACACCUGAAACCAGAGAAGAGGACUUACAGUUCGACCUUGCUAUCAUGGAGGGAGACAUUCUGGUUUCGGAAGACCGAUUAGCUGUGAAGUCACUUUGGCCGGAGAAUGAAGGCGUCACUUCUAUCCCCUACAAGAUCAACGGUGAUCUGGUGGACAGAAAGGAAACUAUGCUAGCAGCGUUCAAGAUGAUUUCAGACCAGACGUGUAUCCUCUUCCACGAAUACACCAAUGAGAUUAACUACAUAGAGUUAAUCUCUGGGACAGGCUGUGCGUCGUAUGUAGGUUUUCAGGGCGGGGCCCAGCCUCUGUACUUCGGUAGAGCCUGUAACGUGGGGAACCUGUGUCAUGAGCUGAUGCAUGCCCUGGGCCUGCACCACGAGCACACACGGCCAGACCGUGACCAAUACAUCACCAUACAGUGGGACAACGUGGUCUCAGGAAAAGAAGAUAACUUUAAGGUGAAGGAAGGAGACACUCAGGAUCUGCCCUAUGACUACGACUCCAUAAUGCACUACGGAACUUAUUACUUCUCAUCAAACCGGAACCCCACUAUUGACUCCAAGAAGAGUGGAGUCCAGAUUGGACAGAGAAAUCACCUGAGCCCCUGGACAUAGCACGCCUUAACAAACUCUAUCAAUGUGAAUAACAAUGCACAGUUUAGCAUUUAUUACACCAUCGAAGAAGAUUCCAACACCACUGCUGCCGACUGAUUCCAACACACAUGGCACUGACAUCCUAACUUCUCUUCACAACAAUGAAUAAGUUGGACAAGUCCCUUAAAGCUUUCUGAUGUAUUAUACGUGUGGCUGGCUGCAGGCAGUGGUUUUAUUUCUCCUGUGUACUCUUGCUGCCUUGAAUUCGGCCUAUACCACUGCACUUGUCUUGGAAAUAAAUACAAUGACCUAGA